UCACCCACCGCCAAUCCCCAUUACUGUGUGUAGUUUGUGCCCGUACAGAUCGUUACGCGAGUACCCACCACCAUGAGGACGUCGAUCGUGCGAGUUUGCAUUUUGCUUGUGCUGAUGGCACUGGCCACCAGAACGGCAACCGGGCUCCAAUGCGAUCCAAUCUACGAAGAGUUUACGGACGAUGGGUGCGAUGACACCUGUCAGGGUUCGUGCAUACCGAUGAAGGAUUUCUGCGCCUGCCGCAUUGGCUACAAGCGCGAUCUGACCAGCGGCAAGUGCAUAGCCUCGGACCAGUGCACACCGGUGCCGGAAAGCAUCACACUGAGCUGCCUGGGAUAGCCGGUUGGUGGCGCCAUUGAUCGGAUGGAAGCAGUAGCUCUAAGUGUCAAAACUGGCAGUGAAAAAAUGAAAUAAAACAAUGUAACAAUAACCUA